AUGUCCACCGAUCUCCACCUCCACCAUCAGUUGCCAAAACUCCGAAUCACCGCCGUCAAACUCGACGACGACGUUGACGUUGACGUCGAUGUUGUUUCCUCCGAUCAAUUCCCUGAGACUCCAGCCGUCGACGACAUCCCGUCGUCUCCAAUCACACAACGUGAAACCGAAACCGAAACCGAAAACGACGGCGCGGUCGUUGAUGGAGAGAACGAGAACGACGAGAGUUACCGAACUCCGACUUCGAAGGAAAGCAAGAUACCGGAGAUCUUGAAUUGUCCGCCGGCGCCGAAGAAACCGAAGCCGUUCGUUUCUUGUAAGAGGAAGCUUAUGGAUGAAUUUCAAUUCUUCGAGGUUUCAAGUAAUGAAGACAUGGAUGCGUUUUUCAGAUCCACUUUUCCGAAAAGGCCUUGUCCUUGUACAUGA